CAUGCUUUCUGAAUUCUUCAUUUAUUUUUAGACUGACUAUAUCAGAUUGAGAAAUGCUGCGACCACUUGUGACCCAAAAAAUUACAUUGUAGACGGGUCAAUGAGUUCGAAUUCUUCUAUUGAUUCCGUAACAAUUUCAAAGUUUCCUGGAUUGGGACUAUACAUUUUAUAAGCAUUAAACUCACAAGUUUUAGUGGUACGAUCGAUAUAGUGAUAGGAGAAGAAGCAGGUCUCACAGAGCCUUGUUGGAUCUUGUACAUGCAAUGGACAGUUUGUCACUAUAUACUCAGCCUCAGCUUUAUUACAAAUGUCACACUGUAUUGACCUUUUAUUACUGGUUAAUGAUAUUUUUGGAUACUCAGAUCUGUUCAGGGUUUCUGAUGAAUCAAUCAAGUCUACACUUGUGAUACAGAAAAGAUGUUCGCAUGCUCCAUGAUGCUGAUAUACGUUUGGGUAUCCUAUUCUUAUUUUCAGAUCUUCAAACUUUAUGUCCUGCAUAUUGGCAGUUUUAAAGUCUCUUGUGUAAUGAAACUUGCUCAUCCAUUUAAUGAUGCUUGCUGAAUAGUCUGGAUUUCUAGUGUCAUUAUAGAAUGUGUCGUGGAUGAAGAAGAAUCCUGGAUUUGGUGCAUUCUCUUCCUGAAUGAUUUUAGCUGUUGGAUAGUCGCUGAUGUCAAAAAAUGGACCAAAGUUGCAUGAACAAUAAAAUAUAUCUCUAAGCUCUGUUAACAAGUUUGAUCCUAAUACUGUAUAUUCGUUGUUAAAUCGUGGAUGAUUUUUUACACAUGGCGUAUACUUAAAUGAAUCAUAAAAUCUAAUUGAAAUAAUUGAGUCACUAUAUGCUUCCAUGUCUGCAUUCUCAAUAUCUACUUCCUUUCUUUUCGUCAUCAAAUUGCUUUCCUUAUAUCUUACAUCCUUAAAAUGCAAGCUUUCCUUCCUCAAAAAUUUAACACAAUUAAGCUCCAAUGCAUCUUCAGAGAAAUCGGAAAAUUCAUCACCAGAAUCACAUGCCUUGUCCUUUCCAUAAUCCUCAUAUAGCUUGCAUAUCUCUAAUGACUUGUAUCUUAGUUCUUCUUCUGUGAUAUUUAAUGUUUCAGCGAUUUCAUCGAAUGUUUUUGGCAUUUCACUGUUAAUAACCAAGUCUUUUAGAUCAUUCAUCGAUUCCUUAAUCACAUAUUCAGUAUAAUCUUUUGUUGGAUAUACGUGAUCCAUAUUAUUUUAUUGUUUAAUUAAGUUUUUUGGUUUUUUUGAUUUUUACACCUUUUUUUACCGUCUUUGUUUUGAAAAAGUUGCAUGCCCCGUGUUUACAACAAAAAAAAAACAAAUAAAAUUUUCAAAAAAUAAAAAAUAAUUAAUUAAUCAUGAAUCUAGCUAAUCUAAGACCUAAAAGUUCUGUGCUGGAUAAAGCAAUUAAUAAAGGAAAAUCGGAAGUAUCUUUAAGCAUUUUUGCUCUAUUAUUCUCGGAAAUAGUUCAAUAUUCACAGAAAAAUUGUAAUUCUGUUGCUGAUUUGAGUGAUAAACUUCAUAAAUUGGGUAUGGAUGUUGGAUCUAGGCUAUUAGAUCUUUAUGUAUUCAGGGAGAAGAAUUCCAAAAGAGAAACCAAGCUGAUUAAUAUGCUUCUAUUCAUCAAAACUACUUUGUGGAAGACACUUUUUGGCAAAGAGAUUGACAAGUUGGAACAUGCAAAUGAUGAUGAAAAGACAUACUAUAUAAUUGAGACAGAUGCAGUAAUUAAUAAGUAUAUAUCAGUUCCAAAGGAUAAAGGAUCUUUAAAUCCAUCGAUUUUUGUGGCUGGAAUUAUUGAAUCUUUCUUAACACUCUCUGGAUUUCCAUGUAAAGUCACCGCACAUUAUCAUAAAGGAACAACAUAUAUGUGCAAAUUUGAAGAUUACGUUAUUUGCCGUGAUAAGCAGUUGGACUAAGCAUGACAUUCAAUAAAUUCUCUUAUUUAUAAUCAUUA